CCAAAUCUAAAGUCAGUUUUCUCAUGAAGCAGAAGGCGAAGCAUCCAAACACUCUCACAUCCGUCUGCUGCUGCUGUGUUUGGGGAUCCUCUGCAUCCUCCUUGUGGUGACAGUCAUCGUCGUUGUUGUCUACCUCUUCUUAGUUACUGAGGAGAAGGACAAGCAGGCAGCAAACCUCACUGACAUGGCAGCAGAAAACAAGCAGUUGAUGUCGCGGAUCAGAGACUUGGUGAAUACGACAGAGGAGCUGAUGAGAGACAGAGAUGAUCUCAACUACACCCUGAGAGCCAUCCUCAAAUACGACUCAUUCCCAGUGUCGGCGUUCUGCUCUGGACCGAUGGUUUCAGACUGUAAUCCGUGUCAGAGUGGGUGGCUUCUGUUCCAGGAUAAAUGCUACCUGUUUUACAACCAAGAUGCUCCGUGGAAAACUUGGCAGCAAAGCCGAAUGAUUUGCCGAGAGAAGUUUGCAGAUCUGGUUAUUAUCGACAGCCCGGGGGAACAGAGAUUCAUCAGUGAUCACACAGAGUACUACUACGACAAAUAUCUAGGAUACUGGAUUGGACUGAAAGAAAGUAACAACACCUGGGUCUGGGUCGAUGGACGUAAUGUCUCUCUGGAGUACUGGGCAGCGGGUGAGGAGGCAGGGGACCAAUGUGCACAGUUGAUCCACGAUAAACCUCUCACAGAAAACUGGAAUAAAAACAACUGUAUAAUGCAGAACAGGUUUGUCUGUGAGACGGAAACCCUGAUCAGACUCAGAUAGAGAUCCAAGUCUUUGGAAGCGAGGUGUUUUUCUUUAUACAGGGCAUUUACUGUAUUUUAGAUACACAGAUCAGCCAUAACAUUAUAACCACAGUCCUGACCCAUGGAGGCCUGGACUCCUCUAGACUCUGAAGGUGUUCUGUGAAGCCCUGCCUCAGGUUGAGGGUUGUAGUUCGUAAACCCUUGAACUCCUCCAGCGUCAUCCUGCCAGAAGAGUCCAUCAGGAAAUCCUGUCUCCAUGAGAGGCUGGAGGGAGGAGCAUAAUGUUAUGGUUGAUCAGCGUAUAUUUCAUUUCAGUCCACACCCAACACAGUUAGUACACAACUAUCCAGAACACCUCACAACAAUCAACAAAACAAAAACAACAUUCAUAUAGUACAUGACCUCGCUCCAAUUAGCAGUAACACCAGGAUGUAGCUGUUAGCUUAAUUCAUAGAUGGUCAGAUGAUCUACUUGCAUUAGAAGUGAUUCCAGUACCAUAUUACAUUUACAAGAACAUAAUCUGGAUCUAACAUUAAUUAACUGUACACAGUAGCCUCAACUAACAUUAGCAGAUAGUUCACAGAAAACUGCUUUGCUAACAAAUGCCUUUUCAGCAAUUCUCUAAAAUGACAUGUGUUCUUAUAUGAUGCGUUCCAUACCAUCAUGUCUCUGUGCAGGACAGUGCUUUUCACCUUGUUUGUAAAUCUACAUUAUGUAGCAUGUCUAGUUGUGUAUCAUCAGAACUAAAAGACAGACGUUUAUACAAUAUUCUUGGCUGUUUAGUUACUAAUGUUUUGAUAAUAAAAGCAAGUAACGAGACAAUAAAUCAGUUUUUACCUUCAACCGAGCCAGAUAAUUAUGCAUCAACAUUUGUUGGAUAUGAACAAGGACGUGAGAGGAAGAGAAGAACAUGCAAACUCCAUCCAGACAGACCUCACUCACGGUCACAUGCAGUUCUAUUCAUGUAUUUGUUUCCUUCAUCAUCAUUUCCCUAUUUGAUGUUUGUAGAUAUAUUCGUAUAGUUUUCCUUGUUUUUUUUGGUAUUGCAUUCAUGCAGAGUACCGUUAAACCACAAAGCAGCCGUCCCAUAACGCUUCCUUACAGAAUAUGAAAAUGUUUGUGAAUCCUUUAUAUUUAUUUUAAAGAGGAGGUCACUGUGCAGCGUGUUUGGAUCCUGUGUUGCAUAUAAACUGGAAAUUUAAAUAAAGCCCGGUUGAAAGAGGAAACGUAAA